AUGUCGAGUUGCAAUUCAAGAUUGGAUCAUCGGGUCGCAAUCAUUGGCGCCGGCGAUGUAGGGGCUGCAGCUGCCAAUGUGCUCAUCCUUCAGUCCGCCACAAGUGAAUUGCUCAUAGUUGAUAUAAACGCAACCCUGAAAAAUGCCCAGGUUAGCGAUCUUUCCGAGGUUAGCUACGUCUGUGGUAGCAAGACACGCGUACGACCUGCCACCCACCAGGAGGCAGCACAAAGCGACAUUGUGCUUAUCACUAUUGGAUCAAAAUAUUACGCUGGUGAAACGAGCGUUCAGCGAACCUACCAAAAACUCUCGAUCAUCCGGAGUGUUAUUACCUCCAUGAAACCAUUUGGGACAACCACGAUUAUUCUCGUUGUGGCAAACCCUGUCGAUCUCUUCACAUCAUUCAUUCACGAUAUUUCUGGUUUACCCGAAUCCCGAGUGAUAGGUUCAGGAACAUGGCUCGAUUCUAUCCGCGUUUCGAGCAUAUUGGCGGAAAAGGCAAAGAUGGCGGCUAGCUCGAUAACCCUCCCCAUCCUGGGUAUCCACGGAAAUUCGCAAGUUGUGGCAUGGUCUGCUGCAAUGGUAGAUGAUACCCCUCUUGAUAAAGCACUUCCACCGACUGCUCUUAAUCGCGACGACGUUCAGAAUGAGUGCGAGAACAGAAAGCAGAAAAUGAUCCGCGGGAAGGGGAAAAUGUCUCUUGGAGUUGGAUCUCUGGUCGCCCGUAUUUGCCAAGCUAUCAUAUCAGACAACGGCAGCGUUUGUCUCAUAAGCCAUUUUCAGCCCAACUGGGGUUGCUGCUUCAGCUUACCCGUGGUCCUGGGUAAAACAGGGAUCGUCAAGACGCUUGAGAUGCCAUUAAGCUCCUCAGAGUCGGAGGACCUAGAGAAAUCGAUAAGGGAACUGAAAGACCGACUUGCGAAUAUUUACGAAGAA